AAAAAAUAAAUAUCAUAUAUAAAAUUACAAUACAAUAUUAUAAAAAAAUAUGUACAGAAUAUUCCCCAAAUAGUAUUCUAAUCUACAUUCAUUAAAAUAAAACAAAUUUGGUUUUUCAUCUGUUGCUUAAUAUGAUAUUGUAAUAAUAGGAGGAGGACCUGCUGGUACUAAAUAUAAAUAAAAAAUAAAUUAAUAUAUAAAUAAAGGUUAUGUGGCAGCAAUAAAAGCAGGAUAAUUAGGAUUUAAAACCGCAUGUGUUGAAAAUAGAGGAUCUUUAGGAGGUACAUGUUUAAACGUCGGAUGCAUUCCAUCAAAAGCUUUACUUAACAUAUCUUAAAAAUACUGGGAUUCUACUAAAUAAUUUAAAUAAUUAGGUAUUGAAUGUGAAUCUAUAAAUUUAAAUUGGAAUAAAGUAUAAGAAAAAAAAGGAAGUAUAGUAAAAGGAUUAACUUCAGGAAUUGAAUUCUUGUUUAAAAAAAAUAAAGUAGAUUAUAUAAAAGGAUUUGGAAAAAUAUCUGAUAAAAAUACACUAUAAGUAGAUUUAUCAAAUGGAUAAAAAUAAACUGUUUCAACUAAAAAUAUUAUUAUAGCUACCGGUUCUGAACCAAGUCCUUUCCCUGGCCUUCCUUUUGAUGAGAAGAUUAUUUUAUCCUCCACUGGUGCUUUGGCUUUGUAGAAAAUUCCCGAAAAAAUGAUCAUUAUAGGAGCUGGGGUUAUUGGGUUAGAAAUGGGGUCUGUGUAUUAAAGAUUCGGUACUAAGGUUACUGUAGUUGAGUUUGCUGAUUAAAUUUGUCCAUUUUUAGAUUCUGAUAUAGCUAAGGUUUUCCAUAAGUCCUUAAAACAUCAUGGGAUAGAGAUUUUAACUGGCCAUAAAGUCAUAUCCGGGUAAAAUUUGGGCACACAUGCUGUUGUUAAUAUAGAACCUGUUAAAGGAGGGCCUAGCAUUAGUUUAUAGGCUGAACAUGUUUUAGUAGCGACUGGAAGAAGACCAUUUUUAGGUGGUUUAGGAUAAGAUAAGGUCGGUGUUAAAAUGGAUGAUAAGGGAAGAAUUAUUACAAAUGAUAAUUUGUAAACUAAUAUUCCUAAUAUUUAUGCCAUAGGCGAUGUUGUUGCAGGACCUAUGUUAGCACAUAAAGGAGAAGAAGAAGGAAUUGCUGCAGUUGAAAAUAUAGCUGGAAAAGCAGGACAUGUUAAUUAUGAUACUAUUCCCAAUGUUAUUUAUACUCAUCCAGAAAUAGCUUGGGUUGGAAAAAAUGAAUAGGAAUUAAUUAAAGCAGGUAUUAAAUAUGCUAAAGGUAGUUUCCCUAUGAUGGCUAAUUCUAGAGCUAAAGCUAAUGAUGAUUAUGAAGGUAUUGUUAAAGUAUUAACUGAGAAAGAUACUGAUAAAAUUCUUGGUGUACAUAUUAUGGGUAAUGCGGCAGGUGAAUUAAUUGCUGAAGCAGUACUUGCAGUUUAAUAUGGUGGAUCGGCUGAAGAUUUGGGAAAAACUUGUCAUGCACAUCCGACUAUUUCAGAAGCUUUGAAGGAAGCUUGCAUGAGUGCUUAUGGAAAAGCUAUUCAUAUUUGAUUUUCUUAUUUAUAAAUUUAUGUUAUAAUUUAUUAUAUAAAUAUAUAUGUUUGUUUGCGAUUUUUUUUAUUAUUCUAAAAUAUUUAAAGAAAAAAAUAAAAAAUU